CUUCGUUUAACGUCCGCCUGCUCUGCCGCGAUGGUCGCCACCCUGUUGCAGCCAACCGCAAACGCACAAUCUCUCUCUAUCUAACUCUUCCUCCUAUUUCGGCGGUGAUCACCGGCGUCAGGAGUGUUGUCUUGUGGGGAAGAAGCGAGAAAAAGAAGACUUUGAAGAUAUCUAAACUGGAACUGGGAUGAGAUUGUUUUCUCAACAAUGCUGGACAUUUUUCUGAAAAAUUGGCAAACAAAUUGGACCUGAAUGAUGUACUUGUCAACAAGGGUUUGGCAUCGUUGUGCAGUAAAAUGUAUACAAUAUCCUUUCUUUGGUUAGGAAUCUUAUAUGCCCUUGUAUUUUUUCAAGCUUAUAAUGGUGAGAUAUUCAUCUUGUUAUCUGGCAUUUCCUGAUUCUAGUUUCUUUUCAAUUUGGUAGUUUGAAGCUGAGGUAUAACUCCUUUCGUCACACUUGUAACAACUUUCUACUUUUGACACUGGUGAGGGAUUUUGCAGUACAGAGUUCUGUGAAUAAAUAGUGAGGAACUACCUUGUAUUGCAUCUCCUUUCAUUUAGGCAUCAGAGACUCUCUCUGGAUGUAUAGAAAGGAUGACUUGCAUACAUGAUUUGACUAACAAGAGAGGACUGAUAACUGAUAGAGCUCAAAGAGAUGGUAGCUCUUCAGUCUCAUAUUUUCGUAUGUUCUAAUAUCAUUUAUGUGUUUAAUUUUCCAUAAAUUGUAAUCUUGAACAUCCAUGCUGUUUGUCCUGGAUCUUUUUGAUCUUUGGUUAUUUUAUUUUAUUUUGGUGCGACAACAACAACAGUACUAACAUGAAUUCCAUUAGUUUAUUAAUGCACUCGAUAUAAUUUUCUUUACUGGCAUUUUUUCUUUGUAUUGCUUGCAAUAUCUGCUCAAUUGAUUAUCUUUCUUGGUUCUCCAUUUUGUACUCUUAGCAACAAUCUUUGCUUCCUAAUUUUGCUAGUUUCUUUUUUCUCUAUAAUUAAAAACAAUCUUUCAAAAAUAUAUGGCUACAUAUGAGAUCACAUGUACAUGUAGGCCAUAUGACCUUCUUUCUUGACAAUGUAGUCUCAGCAUGCAGCACUAUUGUAUAUGUGAAAUCUAUUGCGCAUGUGUGGUCCUGUAUAGCAUAAAAAAUGCCAUUACUUCCUAUCAGUGUUGUUAUAAAUAUUAUUAUCAUUUUGGUGCAAUUCUGAUUGCCGAGGAUUGUUGUAUGAUGCCAUGUUGGUGUGCCAAAAUCAUUUUGGCAUGAUGUGGGACCACGCUGUAAAGGCUGGCACACUUCUAUGCUGCCAAAAAAUGGCCUAGCCAUGUUACAGCAUUACCGGCACUAAAUAGCACCACAUGCCAGGAUCUUUCUAGCAUUGUACAUGUUGCCCCAUAUGUACCAACAUAAUAAUCCUUAGAAUGUGGUCCGUGAAAAUGUGCAAAUGUGGUCCAUGAUAAUACGACAUUCACAAUUUAGACCUUUUCUCACUUCAUAUGACGUAUCACUUAGGUUCUUAAAGAGUGUAAAUGACAUCCAACAACUUUCUUAUAUGGUCUUUGCACAUACUUGUUAAUAUUCUGUACUUGUUUGUAUAGUUUACUUAUACUUUAUAACUCUCUUGGAAAUUAAUAGUCUUGUAGUUAGUCCAUGGUAUGUCCAAAUCUUUUCUUGACAAGUUGCAAAUUUUCUUAGAUGUUUCAGAUAAUUAUGUCAAUUGCUUGGUCAGUUCUAAAUUAAUCUUUGAAGUGAUUCUCAGAGCUUGUCCCCUUUGUUAUUGUUAAGACCAGUGACUAGUGGGUUCUGCAGUUUGUUGAAACAAAUUCAAUAUCAGAAAGCCCACUGAUCCAAAUCAAAUUAUGUGGAUUGCAAACAAAUAGAUCCUGAUAUGGAGAAGAAUUCUUCAAGUUGCAGUUCAGGUCAAACACAGAUUAAGAUGCUAAUAGAAAAUGAGAUAUCAAAAGAAACAGAGUCAAAGCGGAAAUCACUUAGUGUUGUGGCCCAACUAAUGGGAAUUGAUGAUCCUGCACUAGCUCAACAACAUGUCCCCAUUUCUACUAAAAGGAAUAUGCAAGUGGAUUAUCCAUCAACUACCUUAGCAGGAGCACUGAAGGGUUGCCAUCAGCAAGAAGUCAUUUUAAAGCGUCAGCAAUGUGACUAUGACAAGAUGAAGGUCCAGGAUGCAUAUGAAGUAUCACAGAAACCUUCAAGAGCCAGUGGUAUCAAGGAUCUGUGGGGAAAUUGUAAUGAGAACCAGAACAAAAAUAAAAAGGCCUUUGUUCGCAAAAUAUUCAUGGAAGCAAAGCAUGUGACAAAAGAUGAAAAACUACUUCACUCCAAAGAGUUCCAAGAUGCCCUGGAGAUUCUCAGUUCAAACCGAGAUGUAUUUCUCAAAAUUCUUCAAGAUCCGGGUUCCCUUUUCCUGAAGAAUAUUAGAAAUGUCCAUAUGAGUCCACCACUUCAAAAAAAGCACAUUACUGUAUUGAAGCCUUCACAAAAGGUUGAGAAAAAGGAUGAGAAUCUGGUGAUGGAAGAGAAAUAUCCAUUGGUCAAUAAGUGUGAACGAGGAACAACCAAGCAAAUCUGUGACGAACAAUGUUGGAGCUCUAGUUUCACUAAAACAAAUGCUGAUAUUUUUUCCCUGCCAAGUAGGAUAGUGGUCCUAAAGCCUAGCACUAGAAAGCCCCGUGAAAAGAAAUCCAAGGUAACCCCUCCAACUACUUUAUGUAAAUUGCUGGAACAGAGUGGCUUUUUUGGAGAGUUGGGUGAUAGUGAAACCUUUGGAUCAACAUUUACAGCAAAGAAUUGCAGUCAACAGGGACUGGAGAGUAUAACUGGCAAUUGGACAGAUAAAUCCUUGUGCUCUCCGGUCAGCGUGAAUGGGUGCAGAGAUGAGAGUUUAUUGAAUAAGCCAGAAAAUGUAAACACUGAAGAAGAUGGUGGCAGCUUUAGUGACUCGGAGAUUUUGACUUCAACUUCACAGUAUUCUUGGGAAUAUACUAACAGAACUGGUAGUUCUUGCUCAGCCUUAACCUUUAGUCAGGAUUCAAAUUCACCCAAGUCAUCAGUUGUUAUGGAAGCGAAGAAGCAACUUUUAGAGAUAUGGGCUUCCAUGGCAUCUAAUGAGAAUAAUCAAGAACAGACACGAUUGCCAAGGUGCUCAUUCUCUUUAGGUGAAAUGCUUGCCAUUAAAGUGGUAAAGGAAGGUGAAUAUGGUGAUAAGUUUACUGUACCAAACAGCAAAUCAUGUGGUCAAGAAGCAGAACCAGAGUUAUCUACAUCCUGCAAGACCAAUGGUAAAAUAAAGAACGUGCAAAGGGAGACCUCCCUUAUAAAUUUAUCUAGGUCAAAAUCUGUUCCCAUCUCAUCUUCUGUUUAUGAUCACAUUGAAUUGAAUAAGGAAUCUUCUGACUUUGGGAAAAACAAAUCUACGGAGACAAAGGAGAUAGCGGAGUCUAAGAAUGAAAAGUCAACUUUCAAAGAAAAAUUUUCAAAUUUUUUAUCUUCAAAGAUUAAGAAAACAAGCAGAGAAAACCCUGUUUCUCCUCCAUUGAUGGGCUCUGAUGACAAGGCCCAGUCUGGUAGUGCUGGUUUAGCUGCAAACAAAAAUGUUGAAUCAAUAAAUCCUCUCUAUAAGAACUUUCCUAUGACAAGUUCACUGGCAAAGUAUGAGGAAAGGUCUGGCAAUGCAGCUUAUCCAACACCAGUUAUUGUAGUAACAAAAAAAGCUUCUUUUUCUAUUGAGAAAGCCAAGACAUGCAAUAAUUCAUCGGGUGAGAUCAAAUUCAGGGACUAUGAGAGUUUAAAAAGCAACCAGGAUCAACCUAGUCCUACUUCAGUUCUUCAUGUGCCAUUUGUAGAUGAAACAAAUGACAACGUGUCCCGAUCAUCUGAAGCUAAUGCUGAUCCACAUGCUCUUCCUAGGCCUUCGACUAUCAAAUCAGUUGUUCGAUCCUUAUCAUGGGAGAAUGCCUACCUGGAUAAGCCAUCUCGAGAUCUUUCUAAAUGCAAUGGGGCAUCAUCCAAGGUCGACAACCAUGAACAAGAACAUUUUGUAUCUACCCGGAAGGUGCUCUCUUCUGGUUUAGAGAAGGCUACUAUGAUUUCUGCUGGAUGUCAACCUCUUGAUAGCCAAUUAGAUUCAGUGCCGCUCGCAAAAUUCCUUACUUGGGAAAAAGAGGAAGCUGAGCACAGGGAGAAAAGGACAAAGCAGCAUUUCCUCUUUGGCUCUGUGAACUCAGCAGUAGAAAUUGGUUCAACUGGUUUGACCACCUUACAAAGUGCAUACCCAUGGAAUAGGGGAUUUGGCAGGGAUCUAGGAAAUGUUUUUGCCAACUCUGCUGUAUCAGUAGAGGUAUGGAACCUAGUGAGGGAUUCAUUUUCUGUCAAAACAAUGUGGGCAACAGGUGAGGGCGGCAUUGACAAUCUAGUAUUUGAUAGAGCACUGAUGAAAGUAAAAGGAGGACAGAGAUUAGCUGAGUCAAUGAGAUUAGAAGUGCAGGAGAUUGCCAAAGAGAUUAGUAGGGAUGUAUUGAAGGAUUUGGUUGGGGAGGCUUUGGCAGAUAUCAAUGCCUAAUGUCUUUGAUGAUUUCUCAGUGCUCCCUUCAAGUGUCAUGCCAUGCAUCUGUUAUUGUCUUUAGGCACAGUCAGUUACUUUGGUAUAUUUUAUUUUUCUUUGUGACUGAGGUAUGCUUCCACAAGCACUGAUGUUUGUACAUUGUGUUGAUGACUGCUGUAUUUAUCAGUGUAUCACUGAUGAGUUUUAUUUCAUUCACUAA